AUGCCUCCAUGCCAAGCGGGAUGGCUGGGGACCCUUGAUCUCAAAGAACCCAUCGCAACUCAUGUCAAAGUGAAGGCCGGUAUCCCCCUUGCCAGCAAAACUUCCAAAUUCCCUGACAGUGUGGGUGUGUUAGGCAGCCCAUGGUUCCCCAGCAACAAUUGCGGCCAGUCCAUGAUUUCACCGUUUGGAGGAUCACCACCACCUCUUGCUUCCUUGGGCUUGUCCCCAGAUUUUGCUGCAGUCUCCCUGGCAUCUCCAAGCUAUAUCCGUGAUUUUCACACCACACUUGGUUCUCCCAGAUCCUACUUGGCCUCAAACUGUGCCAUUCAAUCUGUACACUUCACUCCGCCUCAAAAAACUAUGGUGAAGAGUUUUGGUGGACCAAAUGCUGGCCCAACUUGGCAACAGAAGAUCUCUAUUGAUAGCAUCUCUGCUCCAAUAAUGAAGGAUCUAAAGACCAGUGCAAGGAGUGCACCUAAAAGCCGACAUUGA